AUGGACAGCUCAAGAUCUUCCGCGCACCACGGCGCUAUGUUUCUCGGUAACCGUCUCGUCGACGGCAAGACCAAGCGCUUCGACUUGGGCGGCUUCGAGCCUACCAGCGUCACCCUCGCAAGGAGGGAGGAACGACAGAAGGCGGAACAAGAGAAGGCGGAGCGAAAGAAGGCAGCGGCGAAAGAGGCGGAGAAGGUGGUGGUGAAGAAGGCGGCCCCUACCGUCCCCAAGGUCAAGGAACGAUACCCGCCGUUUCGUCUUGCAGAGGUGGAGAGGAAGAAGCCGGUUCCCGACGGCCCCAGGGGCGACGAGCAGUACAUGCCGCUCCGUCCUGGAGAAUCGCUGUGGGAUCCGAACAUGGAUCCACGUCGUUACAGCAACCUCUUGGGAGGCUGGGGCAAACCGCCUGCGAAAUGGAAGCGCAACAAGUAA